AUGCGUCUGUUGUACGGCGUCCUCCUCCUCGUCGCCUCCUUGAGCGCAGCCGUCGCCCAGGUUACCCAUGCUGAGCUUGUCCGUCUUGCUGCCGCCAACAACGGCGUCAUCAAGCUCAAUCCCGUACUGUACGACGCGCUCACCGCGCCGAACCGCCAAUGGAGCGCAGCUAUCCAGUUCACAGCCCUCAGCCCCCAGUUCAAGUGUUCUCCUUGCUCCGAUUUCAAUCCUAGCUUCAAGUCGGUUGCCAAGGCAUGGAGCAAAGUGCAUUCAGCUGAGCGGGAUCAGCACUUUUUCGCCACGCUUGACUUCCUCGAGGGUCAGGAUGUCUUCAAGAGGCUGGGCCUCUCCUCCGCCCCCGUCCUCCAAUUCUUCCCGGCCCUUGAAGGUCCUUCCGUCCGACCCAACCCACAACGACUCGAGUUCUCGUACGACUUCAGCCGACACGGAUUCGACGCUGAAGAACUCGCCAAAGAUCUUUCCAACCACACACCUAUCCCGAUUCCCUACACGGCUCCCUUCAACUGGCAGCCUUGGUUCUUCGGUUUCACAUUCCUCGUUCUCUCCCUCGUCGCUGGCCGAUUCGCAUGGAUAUACCUCAGGGAGAUCAUCAGCAACCGCUGGCUGUGGGCAGCUGCCACUGUAGGCCUUACACUGGUGAUGACCUCGGGAUACAUGUUCGUCCAAAUUCGGGGGAUGCCAUAUGCGCAGCAUAAUAGCAUGAUCGCCGGGGGAUUCCAAAACCAGUUUGGGAUAGAGGUCAACUUGGUCGCUGCUCUCUAUGGUCUUCUCGGCGCGUCUUACCUCGCUCUUAUCCUUCUCGUACCUCGGAUACCCUCCCCAAUCCGGCAGCGCGCCAGCGUCUACCUCUGGACAGGUAUCCUCUUCGUGCUCUUCAGCAUCCUGAUCAGCUUCUUCCGCAUCAAGAACGGAGGUUAUCCGUUCAAGUUGCUACUAUGAAGCUGAGCUACGAAUAAGACAAAAGCGUGUAGGGUACACGUAUAAUGGAUGAGGAUAUACAUGAGACAUGUACAUGUGCGCUGUGUGCAAACAAAAUUU